AUGGAGAAAUCCAAAUUGUCUGUGAGAAACCCGACCCGAUUCAAGAAAUCGUCCGUCUCUUCCACUAUUCCCGCUGCCAAAAAGAACCCGAACUUGUCUCUGAGAGAACAGACUCUCCUCAAGAAGGCCUACGAGCUUGCUACUCUAUGCGACGUCCAAGUUUGCGUACUCUAUUACAGUCGUGACGGAGAGCUCAUCAAGACGUGGCCGGAGGAUCAAUCAAAAGUUAGAGACAUGGCGGAGAGAUAUAGCAGACUAAGCGAGGUAGAAAAACGGAAGAAAAGCAUCAAUCUUUCUCUGUUCCUAAACAAGAAGAUGAACGACGACAGGAAGAAGUCUCUCGAGAAAAACGACAACAAAUUCUCGCAGAAAAUCUCGGAGAUGGAGGAUUCCUUGGUCAAACGUCUACAGAUGUUUCAAGACAAGCUUCGGCUUCUUCGACUAAACCCUCAUGAUCAUCAGACCGAGAUGUGUGCGGUUUCAACGGAUCAUCAUCUAUCUCCUUCGCUAAUUGUCGAUCCUCAGACAGAGCCUUCAACGAAUCAUCUGAUUGCACAGAGUCGCGAUGCUUCUUCAAGUUGUUUAUCGACCGUGAAUUAUCCGAGCCGUGAUGUUUACUCAACUGAUUUAUCGGCGUUGAAUUGUCCGAGCAACUGCUCGAUUCUUCUCUAUAACCACGACAACGCUACUUACACUCAAUUGUCUUCGGCCUUUGAUCAGAGAAGCUGCAACAACUUUCAGAUGCAGACUCAAUUGUCUUCCGCCUUUGAUCAGAGAAGCUGCAACAACUUUCAGAUGCAGACACAAAACCCACUUCUUAACUCUGAUCAGUUUGCAACAUGGAAUCAGAUUCAGACACCAUCUUUUGGAGAGCAGUUUAUGUACCCUUCUCCUUCUUGCUGUUAG